UUCAACAGACAGAGACUGGAUGGUGUGACAGCAGAGAUGCAGCCGCUCUUUAUCUCCAGGACUCUGAGGUGUAAAUACACUAUGAAAUGUCAAUUAAUUUUCCGUGCCGGUUUGCUGCUGCUUUGGAUACUGACAGCAUCUGUCAGUUGUGCCGACCCUGAGAUCAAAGUGAGCGAACUCUCUGAUGGGAUUAAGCUGUCUUGUGGUGACAACUAUAAAAUACAAUCAGAAAAUGAGGUUGAAGUGACUGAGUUGAAAUACAAGGAUGAGAACACAGGGGAGUACAAAUGUGUGUCUUCUGACCCCAGCUCUGACCCGACUGAAAUAUCAAAAAUCUAUGUGAAAUUCCGGACCUGCGACAACUGCGUAGAGCUCGACGAGGCUUCAAUAACGGGAAUAGUCGUGGGAGACGUGGUGGCCACCAUUGUGAUAGGAGUUGCCGUCUAUCUCAUUGCGUCUCAGGCUCGGACCGGUCCAGUCACCUCUCAAAAGAAAAGCUCUGACAAGAAGCACCUUCUUCCAAAUGAAAUGAACAGCAGCAGACACACUGAUGAUAAUUACCAGCCUCUAAAAGCACGUCACAGGGAUACGUAUGACGUGCUUAAAAAAUAGCUGCCUUGGACCCCGACCUCUUUCUGAAAACAUGCUCUCCAAUGUGUCCUUUGUGCCUCAGACAUCUGCAGGAGGGAAAAGUCUAAUAUCUGUGAUGUGUGUCGUUCAUCUCUAAUGUACGUGGCUCUGUAUGAUGCUGUUUACGCUGCAAAUCUCUCAUCAUUUCUUUUCACCACGCCUGUAAGAUAUUGCUGUUAAAAGACCGCUCACAUAAAGAGUGACUUGUUGACUUGUUGCUGUGUGUUGUAAGUUAGCGUUGUGGUAUUGUUCUGUUGUGGCAUUUUAAUUCACUAUCUAUGUUUGUCUCCUCCCAUACUGUAAUUAGGAGUGCUACAGCAGCCAUUUUAUAUUGUGACGUAAAAAUGAAAUGUUUCUUUCAACGAAACUGACUUUAUUGUGAUGCAACAUUAAAAGCUGAGGAAUAAAAA